AUGAAGAGGAGGUUCCACAAAGUUUGCACUUCUGUAAAAGAGCAAAGCUAUAUAAGUUAUGCAAAAAUUGCUUCAGCUGCAGGCUUUUCUGAUAUGAAUCUCAUCAUCAUAAAAGCAACAUCACCUGAUGAUUUACCAGUUCAUGAAAAAUACAUACAAGACCUCUUGAAACUCUUCUCCAUAUCUCCAUCUUCAUGCCAUUCCUUCGCCAUUAGCUUCACUCGGAGAUUUGGAACUACUCGAAGUUGGAGGGUUGCACUAAAGUCACUGAUUCUUCUCCACCGUUUGCUUCGUUCUGUUCAAGCAAACUCUCCCUUAUGGACUGAACUUUUAUGGACUCGUUCCAAUGGUUUGGUCUCCCUUUACCCUUGUCAUUUCAAAGAUGCUACUUCUUCUUCAUCCACCUGUUCCAUUUCCUACACAAAAUUUGUGUCUUCCUAUGCACAAUUACUUGAUGAAGCUCUUAACUGUGUUGACUUGGACAGCAAGAAACUUGAAAAGCAACAACACCAAGAAGAGAAAAAUGAAACUUUUCAAGAGAAGAUGAAUGAAAUGGGUGAGAUACUUGAAAUAUUGCCACAACUUCAAAGCAUCAUUGAUAGGGUGAUAGAUUGUUACCCUAUAGGAGUUGCAACAAAAAGUUUCAUAGUUCAAUCAGCAAUGAAACACAUAAUUCGCGACAGUUUCGUUUGCUACACAAAGUUCAGAAGAGAAAUUGUUGUUGUUUUAGAGAAUCUUUUUGAGAUGUCUUAUAGGAACUGCAUAGCUGCUUUCAAUAUUUAUAAGAAAUCAGCAGUGCAAACAAAUAAGCUUUGUGAGUUCUAUGAAUGGUGUAAAGCAAAAGGUUUGUGUGGUUACUAUGAAUAUCCUUUGCUAGAACCAAUUCCACAUAUACAUAUCAAAGCUUUGGAAAGUUUUCUUAGUGGCAUGUGGCAGCUGACAGAGUCUUCUUCAUCAUCUUGGUCUGAUCAGGAAUCUAGUUCAGCUUUCACUGAAGAAGAUGGAAGACAACAACAACACAUGAUCAAAGGUAUUGUGGAUGAGGAGAAGCCUUUGAUUGAUCUAGAAGGAGAAUAUGAUGAUGAUAAUGAUGAUGUUAGUUGGGAGACUGUAUUGGAAUCUUCUGUAAGUUUUUGUCAUGCUUAUAAUCAGGGUGACUUGUUCAGUUCUAAUGGCUAUCAACAAGAAAUAAUGGAUUAUGAACAUAGCUUUGAUAGCAUGUUGGAAAUUGCAACGUACAAAUCUACUGCUUAUAAUCCUUUCUCUCAACAAAGUUAUGAAUCCAGUUACAAUGGGAGAUUUGAUCAUAAUCCUUUGUAUCCUUGGGGUCUAUAA